AUGUUUGUAUGGAGUUGAGAGAUUAAUGGGUAGUGAUUGAUAAGUAGUGAUUUAUGAUAAUUACUUGGACUUGGUGUGCGUCUGUGUAUCAGUGUGGGCAUGAGUGAUUAGCCACGAAGAGCAAGCAAGGUCUUUCUCUUAAAUAUACGAAUUGAAAGAGAAUUUUCUACACUUCACAUUUGACAUCCCUUCAUCUAUCACUCCCUCCGUGUUGUCCUCAUUAUCAUCGCUCAUGUAUUUAUGCACGUAUUCCGGUUUCUAGGUCUCUAGACAGAUGGUACAGCAAAAUCUGCCCCGCCAUCAAGAGAGGCCGAAUGAAUACUUGAAACUACUAGGUAGGGUGCUGGGAUGUGAGUGAGUGAGUGAGCGUCUCGUCUACUCGUAGGUAGGAGGUAUACUUACAAUACUCCCUCGUUGUUUUCAAACCUGGUAACCUCAAGCUGUUACUUUCCUAGCGCGGAAGAGAAGAUCAUCUCCCCGUGAAAUCCUCGUUGAAGUCGCUAGAUGGGAGGAUGUUCAUGGGGUGGCGUGGUUUCCUUAUGUGCAGCGUAGAGGGUUCUGGAGAUUCUUGGUGGAUGGGUAGAGCGAGGUGAUGGGUGGGUGUGUUCUUCAUGAUGCUUAUGUCUUGUGUUGUUUUGAUUUGAGAUUGAGAUGGAGAUUGAGAUUGCAAUAAGAUAUGAAUUUGUGUUCUGGAUGAAUGGAUGGGGAUAGCUAAUCUUCUUAGCAGGGUUGGUUUCGUUGCGGCUCAGCGGGUUGGGGGCGAUUGGGGGGCGAUUGGAGUUGUGGGUUGUGUUAGGGGAGGAGAGGCGUGGGUUGAUGGUAUAGUGUGGUGUGGUGUGGUGUGGUAUUGUAUUGUUUGUUAUUGUUUGUUUGUUUAUGAAUAUAUUCAUUCUUUUUAUUGAUUUAAUAAAUUGUAAGAACAACUGGGUAGAGAUUGGAGUUGCGAGUUGUGUUAGGGAAGGAGAGGCGUAAAUUGAUGGUGUGGUGUGGUACUGAGCGUUUGUUUGUGUAUGGUCAUGCUUUUUCUUGAUUCGACGAGUCGCACGUACAUAUAUCAUUUCGCACUCACUUGCUAUUCUUCCUGCUUCUUUUUCCCCUUGCCUUUUUCUCCUCCAGCGUUUGCAGCAUUUUCACGCUUAUAAUUUCAAUCGAAAUUAUCGAGAUAGAUUAGCGCGGAAGCCCGCUUUGCUAUUCAUAGCUGCAUACCCGCGGAUAUCUGAUUGGCUAUCUGGAGUUGUAGGCCUCAAAAUCAUAACAAGUAUUGAGGCAGUGGUUAACUUUAGAAUCAUGUCUGCUUUUUAUUGACGGAGGGCUUCGGUAACAUGCAUUUAUUGCAUGAAUCAGCCUUUCCGCAGCAUGCUUGAGGGUGGCCGUUUGGAAGGCCUUGUUGAAGGGAAGGGAGGUAGGUGGAUGGAUAUGUGAGGUGAGUGAUUGAGGUAUAAAUAUGAUGGGAUAAACUCUUGUUAUGGUUUUUUUUCACAGCAGGCUUCCUUGUAUGGAUUUCAUUUCUAUCAUUCUAAAUAGUUUGUCUUUUCAACGCAAUCAAGCGAUACGGCAAUCCGUUAUUUACUGUCGGGAAUUUCUUAGACACGAAAGAACUUCCACACACAUGAGCAGUAUGCCCUCCUCUCGUGGAUCAUCCGUCGUUGUGGAUGAUGAAAGCUUUCACGAUAGUCCUAUCACUCCUCAGACUCCGAUUUCCGAAAAUGAGCUCAAGACAACAUCUUCUCUCAAAGGUCUACAAACGGAAGAGCAGCAACGUGUUCUGGACACCGUUGCACAUUUGAGAAAGUGUGGCCUCGAGAAUACUCUGCCCCUUCCACAACUUGUCGUUUGUGGUGACCAAUCCGCUGGUAAAAGUUCGGUUCUCGAGGCGUUGACCGAGAUCCCUUUUCCAAGAAAUGACAAUCUGUGCACUCGUUUUGCAACUGAGAUUAGUCUCCGUAACGCUGACACGAAAACGCUCACUAUCAAAAUUAUCCCGGAUGAUGAGCGGCCAUCUAAAGAGCAGGCCAUGCUUAAAGAGUUUGUGGAGAGCAUCACAAACUUUGAUGACCUUCCUCGAAUUAUGGAUUUAGCCAUGGAAGCAAUGGGAAUAAGUGCUAAUAUUGACCCGAAUGCGCCACCACGAGCAUUCGCUAGAGAUGUCCUGAGCAUUGAAUUUUGUGGCCCAGAUUGUCCCCAGUUGACUUUGGUCGAUCUUCCGGGUUUGAUCGCCUCUGAAACUGUAGAGGCAACAGCUGCCGAUGUUGAAACGGUCGCAGCCAUAACAGAGCAUUACAUAAAGCAGCCUCGAACCAUUUGCCUUGCUGUUGUCUCUGCAAAAAACGACAUCGCCAAUCAGCAAAUCUUGAAGAGAGUCAGGGCCCAUGAUCCUCAUGGAGAUCGCACUCUUGGUAUCAUCACCAAGCCAGAUACUCUUGAUAAAGGCUCUGGAAAUGAGAAAGCUUUCAUUAGCUUGGCGAAGAACGAGAAUGUCAGAUUUAGAUUGGGUUGGCACGUGGUAAAGAACCGAAGAUACGAAGAGAGAGAUUUUUCUCUAAUGGAACGUAACAUGGCGGAAGAUUCUUGGUUUCGCGCGUCCAACUUCAAGACUUUGUCGAGAAAUCACAUCGGCAUUGAACGAUUGCGUGGUCGUUUGGCCGCUCUAUUGUUCCAACACAUUAAGAAAGAACUUCCUCAGCUCCGCCGCGACCUUGAAACCCAACUUGCCACUGCAAGUGAACAACUCGGGUUGCUCGGUGAUGCUAGAUCUACACCUUCUGACUGUCGAGCAUACCUGGUGCAGCUCAGCACCGACGUCCAGAAAAUCUGCGCCGCUGCUGUUGAUGGUCAUUACGAAGGACGAUACUUUCAAUGUGAAGUUAACUCCGAGUUCAAACUCGAUCAAAAAGCAGGCCUUCGUCGUAUGCGAGCCUGUGUUCAAACGAUGAACUCUCAAUUCACAGAAGUAGUGCGUAGAAAAGGUCACAAAUACCAGAUCGAUCAUUCUACAGGCGCAAAAUCGACUAGAGGCACGAUGGAAGGGGAAGAAGCAGUUAAGAAAGGCAAGCCCGAAAGACUUACGAAGAAGGAGGGUCUGGAUUGGGUGAGGCAGGCACUCACUAGAACCCGUGGAAAGGAACUCCCAGGCAAUUACAACCCUUCACUAAUUUCAGAACUAUAUUGGGAGCAAUCCGCGAAAUGGGAAGAGCUCGCCACAGAGCACAUUGAGCAAGUGUCCGAUGUGUGCACCGAGUUCCUUAAGAACUUACUUUUAGAAAUGACCCCAAGAGACGUUGAAUCACGCUUGUGGUCAUCCCGGAUCGAAGACGAGUUAAGAAACCGCAAUGCUGCCGCCACUCGAGAGUUGAAUAAUUUGAUUGUGGACAAUACAAACCAUCCAAUUAACUACAAUCACUAUUAUACGGAUACUAUCAAAAGCCGCCAGCAAGAACGAGCAAAUGCAGAGCUCGAAAAAUGUUGUCAGGAUGCUUCGGCUAGUGUUGAGACAACCGAAGGAGUGCAGCUAGGUCCUGUGAUCGAGAAACUAAGGGAAAGCCUUUUCAAAAGUACCGAAAAAGAUAUGGAAGUUGUUUCAUGCGAAGCGGCUUUGGAUUGUGUCGUGGCAAUCUACAAGGUCCUUCAAAAGGUAUUCAUCGCAAACGUGACGACCCAAGUAGUCGAGCGACACAUUGUUCGCGGCUUAGAACGCAUUUUCGACCCUGUUGCCGUAAACAAAAUGUCUGACAAAGAUGUGGAGGCCAUUGCUAGUGAGCCAGGCCAAGCUAGACAAGAGAGGGCAUAUCUGGAAGACCAGAUCACAAAGCUUGGAGAGGGUAAACGAAUCUUCCGAACGAUCAUGAGCGGUGCUACUACGCUCUAGGAGGUCUAGGGUUAGUUGACCACGUGCGAGGGAGAACUGUGGCAUGCGGCUCGUGUGAAGUUGUCAUUUCUGUUCGGCUGUGGAGUAGGUUUUGAUGGAUCGUGGUUGUGGAUGUGGGUGCUGCGGGUAGAGUGGAAGGAAGAAUAGUGCCGGUGAAUACCGUACCGCGGGAGUAUAUUUCUUUUUUGUUUCGACAAUAAUCGUUGUACUACUACGAAGAUACUUUCGUUAUUAUUAUCGUUAUUGCAACUUAGCUUUUUA